CCCCAGCACACUGCAGCGGGAUUCACCGGUGCAACGUGGCUAGGAGGACCGAAAGAUGGCGAGGGUUAUUGCUGUGCUGCUGAUCGGCGUGUGCGCCGCGCUGGCUGACCGCAACCUGGAGAACUUCACUCCCGGGCGGCCAGUCGUCUCCGGGCGCCCCGGCGUGUCCACGGGGGGCCGCGUCCCCAGCUUCCAGAGGCCUCAGGUUGACCCCAGGCCAUUUGGUCGCUCGAGGCGCUCGCCAGACUCGCCAAUCCCUCCUCCAGGCCACCUGACACGCCCCUUCCCACGCCCACGCCCGCAACGCUCACCGGACUCCCCGCGCCCUCCUCCCGGCCUCCUGACCCGCCCCUUCCCUCGGCCACAGCGCUCCCCUAACUCUCCCGUGCCCCCAGGCCACCAGAGCCGCCCCCAGACCCAGCCCACUCCACCUCCAGGCCACCAGACCCGCCCCCAGGUCCUGCCCGCCAACCUGGCCAAGCCCGCCUCCCGCCCGCAGCGCUCGCCCAACUCCCCGACACCGCCCCCAGGCUACCAGCCGAAGCCGCAGGUGCAGCCCACGCCCCCGCCAGGCCACCAGCCCGUGCAGACCCUCCCGGCGGAGCUCCCCGAAGACAAGACCGCACCCAUUCCCCCGAAGACGGAGGGUCUGAAGCCGGCGGAGAGGCCCCAGGGCGAGUCGAGGCCUUCUCCCGCUGACCUGACCAAGCCCUUGCCCCGCCCCCAGCGCCCCCAGACCCUCCCGGCCGCCGUGCCCUAGGAGCCGCAGGCGCAGGAGACCCGGCAGGGAGGACCUCCGUCGAUCGCGCGUCGGCGACGGAGAGAAUCUCGUUUAUCUGUUCAGAAUAAUUUUAGUCAACUUUUCAGUCAAAAAAACUGUUAUGGAGCCUCAUUCAUGAAACCGAACGCUACUCUAAAAUAAAUAAUCAGACUUUCA